UCUAGAGCAAGAACAAACAGAUCUUAUCGCGGUUGAUACUGCCUUGAUGGAUCUCUACAUCUAACAGUGAAACGCGGUCUACUAUUUACAGCAGAUAGAUCCAUCAAGGAUUCUGUGCGGCUUAAUCGACGGGGUACAACCUUUCGUUCGCCUCAAGCCUUCCGAAUCCAGCUUCAGCGCCAAGCGCUCUCGGAGAUACAUUUCGAUCAGAAAAGGUACCUUUGAGCCAUAUCAGGACGCGAGAUCGAGCAAGAUGGCUUCCAGCUUCCCCGUGCGUCGUGUGUCAGCAUUGGUUGCCAGACGGCAACCCCGGGUAAUCAGCACCACCAGACGCCUCAACUCUUCCUCUUCAAUCCAGACGCAAAACCCCGCCUAUCCCCUCUAUCCCUCCGUCCAAGUGCUCCUCCAUGAAAAGGGCAUCCCAGAAUCCGAAAUCUCCAAGAUUCCCGCCUCGGGUCCGAAAGGCCGUCUCCUCAAGGGUGAUGUUCUCGCCUACAUUGGCGCAAUUCCCACCGACUACCCAUCCAGCCAAGCCUCCCGCCUCGAAAAGCUCUCCCACCUCGACCUAAGCAACAUCAAGAUCGCAGCUCCACAACCCGCCGAGACCAAGGCCCCAGUUGUCGAGGAACCUGUCGCCAGACCCCCUCCCACAGUCUCAGUAGCUGUCUCCAUCUCCCUGGCUACUGUGCUCUCCGUCCAAAAGAAGAUCAAGGAAACGAUCGGCGUCACCGUGCCGCUAUCGACUUUCCUUGCCCGUGCCACCGACCUGGCGAACGACGACCUUCCCCGUUCCACGCGCAGCAAGCCCUCGGCAGACGAGCUCUUUGAUGAGAUUCUCGGCGCUGAGCCCAUCAAGACAUCCCGUGGCGAUUACGUUCCCGAGCUGAAUGCCCUGGAGGCAACUGAAUAUCAGCCCGCUCAGCCCGUCAAGGAAGACAUCAUCGAUAUCCUCAGCGGCAAGGCUCCGAAGAAGGCGCCCCCUAAGGCAUCCAUGGAGGAAUACCCCGCCGGCUCUGCCGCGAAUGUGUUUAGUUUGACCGUUCCUGUUGGUGACGAGACGAGGGCUAGGGUUUUCUUGGACCGGGUGAAGACCCUGUUGACGGUUGAACCUGGAAGGCUUGUCCUAUAGAUCAGUAAUUCAUUAUACCUGUUCCAAUGUAGCACUAAUGAGAUAAAUAUACAAUUCAACCAUGUACCGU